AAAUUACCAAAAAAAUGUCUCAAAUAAAGAGGUGAGUGUGUAUAUGUGUGUGCAUAUGUGUAUAUAUACUUAGUUUAUUCCUCGAAUAGAUUGUUGACUCUUGGCUCAACCUUCCUCUCCCUCUCUCUCUCUCUCUCUAUUUCUACCUUUCUCUUUCUCCUUAUUCGUUCAUCUUCGUCUUCGUUUCCCUUUUGGUAUUGGUGAGAUCUACAAACAAAACCCUAGAAAAGAGAAGAACCAGAGGUGAAUCGAUUAGAGGAUAAAAUUGAUGGGAAGAGGGAAGAUUGUGAUCCAAAGGAUCGAUGAUUCAACAAGUAGACAAGUCACUUUCUCCAAACGAAGAAAGGGUCUUAUCAAGAAAGCCAAAGAGCUAGCUAUUCUCUGUGACGCCGAGGUCGGUCUCAUCAUCUUCUCGAGCACCGGAAAGCUCUAUGACUUUGCAAGCUCCAGCAUGAAGUCAGUUAUUGAUAGAUACAACAAGAGCAAGAUCGAGCAACAACAAUUAUUGAACCCAGCAUCAGAAGUCAAGUUUUGGCAGCGAGAAGCUGCGGUUCUAAGGCAAGAAUUGCAUGCUUUGCAAGAAAAUCAUCGGCAAAUGAUGGGAGAACAACUAAAUGGUCUAAGCGUUAACGAGUUAAACAGUCUCGAGAAUCAACUUGAGAUAAGUUUGCGUGGAAUUCGUAUGAAAAAGGAACUAAUGCUGACUCAAGAAAUCCAAGAACUAAGCCAAAAGAGGAAUCACAUUCAUCAGGAAAACCUCGAUUUAUCAAGGAAAGUACAACGGAUUCAUCAAGAAAAUGUGGAGCUCUACAAGAAGGCUUACACGGCAAGCACAAACGGGUUUAUACACCGUGAACUAGGAGCUGUAACGGAUGAUGAAUCACACACUCAGGUUCGGCUGCAACUAAGCCAACCCGAGCAUUCCGAUUAUGAGACCCCACCAAGAGCAAACGAAUAACAUCAAUUAAGAUUGAAGUUCGAAGAUACUAUAUGAUGUUGAAGAACAAUCCAAAGGCUUGGUUUAUAUAUAUAUGGGUAUCUUGAAUUGGAAACCCGAGUAAACUAAGCCAUGAUAUGAUUCUUCUAACACCAAUCAUAUUUUUCUCUUUCUUUCUUUGUGCAUUUCAAUUUGAAAUAUAUAUAUAUAUAUAUAUAUAUAUAUAUAUAUAAUUAAUUAAAAGCAUAUAUAAAAAUUCGGUGCUCGUUAUAUUGUCUUUGUUUAGAAUCAUAGAUUUCAUUAAUUAUAACAUAAACAGUAUAGUAGUAUAUAUGUUUAUGUGUUUACGAGAGUUUAGUCCUAACUAAAAUACCUAAUUAAGUGUCA